AUGGCUUAUUCUUGUGGUUAUUCUGUGUUCCCCGUGCUGGGGCCGGCUGGACCCCCUCCUCACGGCCGCUCUGAGCCGGCCGGAGGUCCGACGGGAGGCGGCCGGAGCCCUCGCCGCCUCCGGCCGCCUCCUGACCGGAUUCUCUGCCUCAAAUUCAAUCGCUCGGGGAGGCGAGUGAGUCGGUGCACACAAAAAUCUGGGCUGAACUUUGCAUCGGCGGGCCGCCGGGACGCCGCUGGCCGGGGGAAGGCGCUCCGCGUCCGGCCGGAGGAGGGACCCGCGGGGCCGGCCCCCCGGGGGGACACGCUCCGGGGCCCCGACGCGUCUCCGAACGAGGGUUAUGAAGCGGAUUCCUGCCAGCAUGGUUCCACCAUGAGCGAGCACUCGUCAGACCUCUGGUUCUGUGAGGAGUGUCAGGACUAUUUCCAGAAGGACUGCCCCUCCCACGGGCCCCCGCUGCUGGUCCCCGACACCCCCGUCGCUCCCGGGUCGGCCAGCAGGGCGGCGCUCACCAUCCCCUCAGGCCUGGAGAUCUUCUCUGACAGGGAGGAGGUGGACGUCCGCUGCGUGGAUGCCAUCUUUCCAAAGGGGGCGGUGUUCGGCCCCUACGAGGGAGAGCUGGUGUCAAAGGACCAAUCCUCAGGCUUCUUCUCCUGGAUCCUCGUCGGUUUGAACAACACCUACCAGUCCAUCGAUGGCAGCGAUGAGACCAAAGCCAACUGGAUGAGGUUUGUGCGGACCUCGUCGGAGGAGAGCGACAGGAACCUGACGGCCUUCCAGCACGGCCAGAACAUCUUCUUCAGAGUGUGCCGGAAACUGGAGGCUGGAGACAGGCUGCGGGUUUGGUACAGCGACGACUACAUCCAGAGGCUUCACUGCGUCUCCCAGGACAGCAUCGACCGCAACCUGGACUCAGGUCCUGUGAAGCCAGCAACGCCGCCCAAACACAGAGACUUCAAAUCCCCCUGCCUGCGAUCCGCCCUGCAGGGCAAACUCUGCCCCGGCAAGCAGCCCUGCGAGGAGGCGGAUGGUCAGCCCCCUCCCAAGAGGAAGAAGAUCGACCUCAUCUUCAGGGAUGCUCUCGAGGCCUCUCUAGAGAAGUCCAGGUCCCGCCUCCCAGAUGGGAGCAGAGGAGCGGCGCUGGGCUGCAGACCUGAGAGCAGCGUGGGGGUUCCUGAGCUGAAGUUGGAGGAGAGUGAGGGGGAGGCCUCCACCUCCUUCUGCCCCAACUGCGUCAAACUGAAGAGGAGGAUCCUGGAGCUGGAGGAAGAGCUGUGCCGUCUCAGAGCCGAGCAGGGGGACUCAGUCGGCCCCAGGUCAGAGCCGUCCCACCCUCAGUGUGACCCGGCCCCCCCGCAUCCCGAGCAAGGCCCCAUCGAGGACUUCCAAGGGAUGGAGCCUUUGACUCCCUCCCAGGCGGUUCUGGAUGAAGACGAUCAGGACGUGGACUCGGCCGACGAGUCGAUCGCAGCAGAUCUGGUGAUUUCUCCAGAGGACUCGUCCAAGCUCUACUCAGGAGGAGGCCGACGGAUCCGGCGCUUCAAGCAGGAGUGGCUGAAGAAGUUCUGGUUCCUCCGAUACUCGCCGACCCUGAAUGAGAUGUGGUGCCACGUCUGCCGCCAGUACACCGUCCAGUCGUCUCGCACCUCGGCCUUCAUCAUCGGCUCCAAGCAGUUCAAGAUCCACACCAUAAAGCUGCACAGCCAGAGCAACCUGCACAAGAAGUGUCUGCAGCUGUACAAGCUGCGCAUGCACCCCGAGAAGACCGAGGAGAUGUGCAAGAACAUGAUGCUGCUCUUCAAUGCAGCCUACCACUUAGCCCUGGAGGGGCGGCCCUUCUCGGACCUCCGGCCGCUGGCCGAGCUGCUGAAGAAGUGUGAGCUCAAAGUGGUGGAUCAGUACAUGAACGAGGGCGACUGUCAGGUCCUCAUCCACCACAUCGCCCGGGCCUUGAAGGAAGAUCUGGCCGAGAAGAUGCGGCUGUCCCCCUUUCUGAGCGUCAUCAUGGACGCCCACAACGACGACCUGUUCUCGGACGCGGUGGCCGUUUACGUGCAGUUCCUGAGCAGCGAGGGCUCCCCCAGCACAGAGUUCCUGUCUCUGCAGAGGCUGGGCGCGGCCAGCGUGGACGGGUACCUGCAGGUCAUGGACCGGGCCUUCGGUGUGCUGGGCCUCCGCUUUCAGGACCUGCUGGUGGUGGGGCUCGGGGUGGACGGCUCCAACAUCUCCUCCGGAAUGAGAGCCAACCUGUACGUCGCCGUCCAGAAGACCUUCCCCUGGAUCCUGUGCCUUCCCGUCAUGAUCCACCGGCCCCAUUUGGAGCUGCUGGACGCCAUCAGCGGGAAGGAGCUCUCCUGCCUCGAGGACCUGGAGAACAACCUGAAGCAGCUGCUCAGUUUCUACCGCUACUCUCCCCGCAUGAUGGCCGAGCUGCGCUGCACCGCCCCCACGCUGUCCGAGGAGACGGAGUUCCUGGGAGACAUCAGGGCAAUUCGGUGGAUCAUAGGAGAGCCGAACGUCCUCAACGCUCUCAUCAAGGACUAUUUGGAGGUGGUGGCCCACCUGAAGGAGAUCAGCAGCCAGACGCAGAGGGCCGACGCCGCCGCCAUUGCCCUCGCCCUGCUCCAGUUCCUGCUGGACUACCAGUCUGUGAAGCUCAUCUACUUCCUGCUGGACAUCAUCGCCGUGCUCUCGCGCUUGGCCCUCACCUUCCAGGGGGAGAACCUGCUGGUGUCGCAGGUGGAGGCCAGGAUAGAGGAGGCGGUGCAGGAGAUUGGCCAUUUGGCCGACUGCCCCGGGGAGUAUCUGCAGGAGUUCCAGGAGAACUUCAGAGAGAGCUUCAACGGCAUCGCUUUGAAAAACCUGCGCGUGGCCGAGUCGAAGUUUCAGUCCAUCCGAGAGAAGAUCUGCAGCAGGAGUCAGGGCAUCCUGAGCCAGAGGCUGGACCUGCAGAGCCGCUCCUUUGCCCGAGCCUGCAAGGUCCUGGACCAGUCCAGCUGGCCCCACAAGCAGGAGGACCUGCAGGCCUACGGGGAGGAGGAGAUCAAGAUCAUCCACAACCACCUGGAGUCGCUGCCCUCCGCCGGUCAGGAGGUCCAUUCUCCGGCCAGGAGCGCCCUGGUGGUGGAGUGGAAGGACCUGAAGGCCGACUACCGCAGCAUGAGCGGCUUCAGGGAGGUGGUGACUCACAUCUGCAGGCACCGGCAGCGCUUCCCGCUGCUGCACCGCCUGGUGCAGGUGGUCCGGGUGCUGCCCAGCUCCACGGCCUGCUGCGACAAGGGCCGCGGCUGCCUGCGCCGCAUCUGCAGGAACAGCCGCUCCCGGCUGAGCCCCGAGCAGACCAGCGAGCUGCUGGCCGUGGCCGUCAACGGGCCGCCCAUCGGGGGCUUCGACGGGAAGCGGGCGCUGGACAGCUGGUUCGAGGAGAAGUCGGGCAGCAGCCUCUCGCUGCCGGCCGAGGUGCUGAACCGGAUGUCGGCCGAGCCGAAGUCAGUUCUGCACAGCGUCGACGUCAACGCUGAGCUCUACCCGGACACCUGACGGCUCCACUUUGGCAGCUCUGGCCGCACGUGUACAGGGAAAUCAGCAGGUUCCUUUUCCUUACAGAGAGCUUUAAAGCCCCUCUUAGACCUGAGAAGCAUCGUGUUUGGUCUGUUGAUCUGCAAAUAUGCCCACAGAAAAUGCAAUUCUCUGGGACAAUUUAUUAUUGUCUUUGUCUUUCUAUUCAGUUUAAAGGAAUAUCUCCAUGGAAAUGGAUGAAAGCUGAGAUCGAGCUGAGAUCAAGUCUGCCUGGGUUUCUAAACGACGUGAUCCCCCGUCCCCCCAUCCAAAUGAAUGUAUGGAUAAAAUGAUCUGACAGAUUCAUCCAGAAAACAGAUUUAUACCUAAAUUGAUGCUUGUAGCUUGUUGCUACUGUGUGUAGCUUUCAGGUUUGUCUUGAAACCUAAGAGCUGCAAUGCUCGCAUGCAGCUCAAAUAUAGCCUUGUUGUGGUUCAUUUGAGGAUUGUUUUUGGGUUCUGAUUCCAGGACAAAAUUAAAUUAAAUGUAGCUUCUUUUUUUUUUUUUUUACAUAUUUGGGGAGAAUUAAUGUCUACUCUAAAGAUGAUGUCUGAGGAUUAUAUGUGUGUGUGGAUGGUCUGAAUUAACUGGAAAACAUCAAUUUAUCAAUUUUCUGAAAAUCUGACACGGGCAUCCUUAGUUUCUGGAUCUCCUGAUACAGAUAUUUAAGGAAAUACUCUAAAUACUAAAGGACAAUAGUAAACAUAAGAUCUUUCUGUGUUGUAGAGACCCCUCUUACGGUGGAUUUUAUGGGGAAUAGUGGCACCAAUGACUGUAGAAACAUCUUUCUGUGAGAGAUCAUGGACGAAUGAGAGGACAGACCUAACUGAUACGCAGCUUAGGGAUGAUCUCAUGGGUUUCUCCUUUAAAACACCACAGAAGAAGAUGGUAACGACCACAAAAAGACAGAGGGCAUCACAACUGCAACCCACAAAAGACUGAAAGCAGAGGAGAAGAUGUGACUCUUUGUACACGGCAGACGAGACAAAGCGGAUUCAAAAUGAACACACAAAGUUGGAAGACGUCCAAAGAGACCCAAAGUGAUCACAAAGAGCAGCACACAGCAUCUCUGUGUGCUGCCUGUGUGUGCUCAGCGUUUUCUGUCGUGGCGCGUCCCGGCUCAGCCGGGCGUCGUGCUGGAAGCCUCCUGCUCGGGUCCACUGAGCAGCAUUGUGAACCCCAGCUGCACUUGUCCGAUUUGAUAAUAAAACACUUGCCAGCGGAGUAAAAGACAGUUACUGAUGGGGAACAGUCGGUGGGUCUGUGCUGCUCCACUCCUCCAGACUCGUAGUGCCAGAGGCAAAUUAAAGUGUCAGAAUGUACAGAGGCUUUAUAUUUCUAUUAGAAAUGCUUUUUGCCCUUCUUACACAUUCUGGAUGAACUGUCCAUACUGUAAAAGCUCUUGAGCCUGUUUUUAUGAAAUGUAUUUUCUUGAUUGUGCCAAAUCGAAUGCAUGAAGCCGGAGGUGCUCUGCUGUUCCGUUUGCUUAGAGGUUUACAGCAGCAGCUGGUGUUAAACGUGCUCCUUUUGGAUUGUUAACAGGGCAACUUUGCCUCAAAGAAGCUUAAACAACUGCAUGAUCAACUGAUGCUUUAACUGUUUCAUGAUGUCUGGUUUUAAUGCAAAAAUGAAUGUGAGACGGAGUGAAUAAAUCAAGCUCAGACAGCCUGACGUCAGCAGGACGAGCAGACAAUCGCUUCAUCUAUCUUAUAAUUACCAAACAUGACUGCUAUCUGAGGAGUGGUCAGACUUUUAGGGCAUGCAGUCAUUUUCUCUCAAUGUUUUCUGGAUGUUAGAGUGAAGAAGAAUGUCUUCAUCACUUCAUUUUGACUCUUCUGAAAGAUACUGAAAAUAAAAGGGUUUAAAUGACAGGUUGUUUUCCUUCUUUGAGGAUUCAGAUCUAUUCCUGACUUAUGAAUCCUGCUUCACCUUUCAGUCUCAUCUGGAGGUACUGAAGCUCCAUCUAACUAACUUAUUCUUGAUUAAAUCUUCACACUCUGGACAUUUGCUUUUGAAGGUGGGUCUUCAUGUUUUCUUUUUGCA